AUGAUCAAUGUGAAGGGGUUUGAGAACAACCUCACAACUGUUGGAAACUUUACCCCACUACAAUGUACCCUGCUACUCCGUCUUGCAUACGAUGGAAUAAGGGUUGAACCGGAAGAAAUACUACGCUGUCUACAGCAUCCAUACACACUCACUGAGGGUAUAAUUGUUGCAAUUGUGCUUCUCUUAUUAUCUUUAUUGACUGCUUUUGGUAACAUGCUGAUUGGAAUCGCCAUAUUGAUAGUCCGCCGACUGCGCAACCCGGCAAACCUCUUGCUCUUUAAUUUGGCUGCGUCCGACUUCCUCAUCAGUGUCAUAGUACUUCCAUUCGCGAUUGUACAGCAGGUCCGAGGCUACUGGCCAUUCAACGAGUUACUGUGUGACCUGUACAUUGUGUUUGACGUACUUUUAUGCACCGCUUCCAUUCUCAGUCUGUGCGCCAUUGCUGUUGAUCGGUAUUUUGCCAUCACACGUCCACUGACGUACGCCUCGAGUCGCACAAUCAAAAGAAUGCUAAUAAUGAUCAUCGUGUGUUGGAUCAUGGCGGCGUUGAUUAGUAUACCCCCGUUUUUCGGAUUGCAAGAAAAGGUUUCCAUCCCUUAUCAUUGUGGCUACACCGAUGAUUUAACCUAUCAGGUUUAUGCUACAUUUGCAGCAUUCUAUAUUCCUCUUAUUGUCAUGCUAGUUUUAUACGGCCGCGUAUAUGCGAUUGUAAGGAAGGUCACCGUACAGGACUCCUUGAUCGCCAUGCGGUUAAACAAGGGGUCUAUAGAUACUCAACGCUCCGCUACGAUAACGGAGCAGAUAAUCAGGACUGAUGACACGCAGUCGGCACUCAUUACUUCCACACUUCAGCUUCCAUACUCCGGCAUGCUAGAUCGAAGUAGCUCAACAUUAGAGUUUGCACAACAAAAGCCGUCAUUUCCUCAGAUUGAUCAAUCCGAUUACCGACACCUGGAUCGCAAUUCGGGAACUAUUCCGGAUGGGUACUUACGAGCGAAUAUCAGAAACCACGACAUGAGGCACAUGACAACAUGCGACGGGAAUUCACCUUCAGUUUGGUCAUCCAGGUCACGAUCACGAUGCAGACAGUCGCGUGUUCCGGGAUCCACAAUGGAACGCAGAGUUCGUCGCAAAACCGUCACACCUACUUCAGAAAAUAUGAAGGCUGUUGUUACCUUGGGAGUUAUCAUGGGCAGCUUUACGUUAUGCUGGCUUCCGUUCUUUCUUUAUCAGGUGAGUCAGGCUGUUGCAGUUUUGACACUGGAUUCUGUUCUGCGCUCAUAG